UUGACCGGCACGCCUGGGCCGGUACCCGCUCACCCCCCCAGCCCCGCUACAUAAGAUCGGUGGACGGGCUCGUGUCCCCCAUCCUUCACACAGACUGCAUAAUGGCUUCCCGCAUCCAGACCGUCUCCGAGCACCUCAAGGGCGACAACCGCGCGCGCCUGUUCGCUAAGAACGCCGACGAUGUCGUCAUCACCUGCGCCAAGCGCACUCCCCUCUGCAAGGCUCGGAGGGGCGCGUACAAGGACACGACCUACGACGAGCUCCUUUACGCCACCAUGGUCGCCGCCAAGAACUCGAUUGGCAUCGACACUUCGCUCGUUGGCGACAUCUGCGUUGGCACCGUGACCACCCCCAACGCGCCCAACACCGCGCGUCUCGCCGCCCUCGCCGCCGGCUUCCCCAACACCGUCCCUUGCCAGACCAUCAACCGCUUCUGCUCGUCGGGCCUCAUGGCCGUCUCGACCAUUGCGAACCAGAUCCGCAACGGCGAGAUUGAGAUCGGCUUGGCUGUCGGCUACGACGACCUGACGCACGACAACGGCAAGUCGUUCGGCUUCUCGGACGAGGUCCUCCGCACCCAGGAGACCAAGGACGCGCUCCAGCCCAUGGGCUGGACCGCCGAGAACGUCGCGGGCGACUUUGGCAUCUCGCGCCAGCGCAUGGACGAGUGGGCGCUCAAGUCGCACAACCGUGCCGAGAAGGCCGACGCCACUGGCGUCUUCGCCGACGAGAUCGCCCCCGUCGUCGUGCCCCAGAAGCAGAAGGACGGCUCGAAGAAGUACGUCGAGGUGACGCGCGACGACGGCAUCCGGCCCGGCACGACGGCCGAGUCGCUGGCCAAGGUCCGCCCCGCGUUCCCGCAGUGGGCGCCGGGCCACUCGACGGGCGGCAACGCGUCGCAGAUCACGGACGGCGGUGCAUUCGUGCUCAUGAUGACGCGCCGCAAGGCGCAGGAGCUCGGCCUCCCCAUCCUCGCCAAGCACGUGGCCACCGUCGUUGCCGGCCUGGCCCCGCGCAUCAUGGGCAUCGGACCCGCGUUCGCCAUCCCCAAGCUCUUCGAGCGCACCGGCCUCGGCAAGGACGACGUCGACCUCUUCGAGAUCAACGAGGCCUUCGCCUCCAUGAUGGUCUACUGCAUCGACAAGCUCGGCCUCGACGGCGAGAAGGUCAACGUCAACGGCGGCGCGAUCGCCCUCGGCCACCCCUUCGGAUGCACCGGCGCCCGCCAGGUCGCCACCGGCCUCAACGCCAUCAAGCGGACCGGCGGCAAGGUCCUCGUCACCUCCAUGUGCAUCGGCUCGGGCAUGGGUGCCGCCGCCGCCUUCAUCAACGAGCAGUAAAAGGGUCCAGUGGCCUGUGGGUAACUUGGUAGAUUGUUGUCAUGUCAGUGUGCAGUCAUACGCGAGGACGGGGUGGGAGUUGGUGGGGCAGUUUGGGGAGUGUCGUUCCAGCUGAAC